AGGCUUCAAGUAUUUUAAAGGCUGCAAGAGAUAUCACUUUGACUUGGGAAACUUACUGGCUGGAUUUCUGUCUGUAUAAAAGUCUUUGGAAAUGUCACCCGGGCAUCAAACUCCAAUAGCUGUUUCAUUUUUACACUGAGAUGUUCUCAGAAUCCCAUCACCAUGGAACCAGUAUGGACACUGAAAAGAAGAGAGGACUGCAUUCAUCAACCCAAAUGUCAUGGACGCAACUGGGUGAAGAUUUUCCAGCUCCAAAAGCUGUUGUAGACAAGCCUCUUUCUCCACCACAACUUGUGGACCACAAAGAAAAGAACCUUUGCAACUGGAUGGACUCUGGUUUCUACUUAUCUGAAAGCGAAGAUCUGCAAGAAAGCCAAGGCAAAGCAGCAGCUCUUUCACCUCCCUCAGGAAUGGCCCAAAUGACCGUGCAAAAUUACAUGCGAUCCCUGCAUCAGUUUUCAGAAAUGCCGGUCCUUUCACGAUGGAAUAGUGCUGGCUCAUCCCAUUCUCUUCCCAGUGCCCCCAAAAGCAUCAGUGUGCUCUGCCAUGGUAACUGA